CCAUCACGCGGAGCCAGCUCCAGGGUAUUCCCUGUGCGCGUGCUCGGUCGGAAAUUGCCCUCUUUUCCCUUUCCUCCAUUGGACUGAUCUGCCGUCAGUCGGUUUCCCUCACGCUCAACACCGUCCGCCUCUCCGGUUCUCUGUCUGCUGAGACCGCCGUCAUAUUGGCUGCUAGGGGCAGCAGCGACCACGGCAGAAUAGAAGACCCCCACCAUGAUGAAGAACGGGUUUUCGCGGCGCUUAAAGACUAAUUUAGCUUCUUAAGUAAUUCUGAAUAGUAUUUAACGAAUUAAUUUUAAAAUAUUCGGGAUGAUACCAUCAAGUAUCCGCGUAUCUUUAGUGCUUUCAUCCGACACCGUGGUCCGCAAGGGGGAUGUAUGCCUGACUUCUCUUAAUAGCCAUUUUUUGCAGACAAAGAGAGCUGUUGAAUAGGGCUUUCAAAAAGCACACGGGUCCCAGGGGCUCCUAUUGAUGAAGAAAGUGGGCAACAUGUGGAGCAACCUGAAGAGCAAAUGCCAGACGCUGUUUCACAGUUCAGGACCCAGUGAAAGCAGGGUUGAUGCCGAUGCCGUCCACUGUGUGGUGGAUCUCGGCCAAGGCAGCUCAGGUGAGGCUCAGGCAUCAGGAGCCUCAAGCCCGUCCCGGAGCCUCCUGCCAGUGCCAAUGGUAACAGCAGGACGUCGCCAUCAUAACUGUGUGUCGGACAUCCCUCAGAUAGUAGAGAUUACAAUCGAUAAGGACACUGAGGAUGUGCGGGGGGGAUCAGGGGGUGUUCCCCUGGCCCGGAGAGACUCCUAUUCCCGUCAUGCUCCAUGGGGGGGCAAGAAAAAACACUCAUGUUCCACCAAAACCCAGAGUUCUCUGGAGGCAGACAGGCGGUCUGGGCGCUUACGGGGGAGUGGGAACCGUAGGGACAGGCGUUACGGAGUCAGCUCCAUCCAGGAGAUGAGCGACUCUGUAUCUGGAGGACGCAGUCUGACUGCUCGGUCUUUGCGCCAGCGUCUAAGUGAUACAGUAGGACUGUGCUUACCCCUGCCCGCGCGCAGACGCUCCCGCUCAUCUAAGAACCCCGUCACCUCCAAACGUAAGAUUCACCUGACAGAGCUCAUGCUGGAGACCUGCCCCUUCCCACCAGGUUCAGACCUCGCUCACAAGUGGCACUUGAUCAAGCAACACACAGCACCGGUCAGCCCGCAUUCCUCCACUGCCCUGCUGGAUGCCUUUGACCCGGCCCACCCCUCUCCUGAGGAUGAGGAGGAACGUCUACGUGAGCGCCGCAGACUCAGCAUCGAGGAAGGUGUGGACCCACCACCUAAUGCACAGAUCCACACCCUGGAGGCCUCAGUGCCGGGCUCCUCUCUCUACAAACUGGGACCAAAGAUGGCUCCCGGCAUGGGAGAGGCCUCUGGGGAUGGCCGGGCUUCAGGCGCUGGCAGCUCUGUAGGUGCUGGAUUAUCAGGGGCCUGUGGGCAGGUGUUGGGGGCUGCAGCGUCAGCCCAGGACUGUGACUCUGAGGAGGACUCGACCACCCUCUGUCUGCAGGCCAGGAGGCCUAAACAGAGGCACGCCUCUGGGGACGGUCAUCUGAGUCGGCAGCAGCCUGGGCCCUGGAAGGUUCACACCCAGAUAGACUACAUCCACUGCCUGGUGCCGGACCUAUUGCAGAUCACAGCUCUGCCCUGCUACUGGGGCGUGAUGGACCGCUAUGAGGCUGAGGCGCUGCUGGAUGGAAGGCCAGAGGGCACCUUCCUGCUGCGUGACUCAGCCCAGGAGGACUACCUCUUCUCCGUUAGCUUCCGACGUUACAACCGCUCACUGCACGCCCGCAUCGAGCAGUGGAACCACAACUUCAGCUUCGACGCACACGACCCUUGUGUUUUCCACUCUUCCACCGUCACAGGACUGCUGGAACACUACAAGGAUCCCAGCGCCUGCAUGUUUUUUGAACCGCUGCUUACGGCACCUCUCCAUCGGACCUUUCCCUUCGGCCUGCAGCACCUGGCACGAGCCGCCAUCUGCCGCUGGACCACUUACGAUGGUAUAGGCUCUCUGCCGCUGCCGCCUGCCUUGCAGGACUUCCUCAAGGAGUAUCACUAUAAACAGAAAGUACGAGUUCGCUGGCUGGAGAGGGAACCACCACUCAAGGUCAAAUAGGGUGGGCUUCUCCAUCGCCUGUACACACACACUGCAGGAGGAUUACAGAACUUAAAAAAUUCCUCAUUAGCCAAUUUAGAGGCUAUACUGACGUGGCUCUCUUUCUGGUGGGGGAUGGAAAUUAAAUGUAACAAGCUAUACAAGAUUCAUUCUAAUCUUUGUUUUAGUUAUUACUUACAUCACAGAAAAUACAUAUGAUUAUAUUCAGUAUAACGCUGUCUGGCAAGCACAUGUUUUUGUGUUGAACAGGUUGUUUUGACAGGGAGGGAAGGCGCAAAUAUCAGCGCUUUGUGUCUUUUCUCUCCUGCUUUGUGCUAAAUGUCUGCCUGAUCUCACAACAUCACCCUGCCUGUAGACCUGCCUGCAUGUCUCCCUUAUUCAUCCCAAAUUGCUAUUUAGGCCCACAUGGCUAAAUUGUACAGUUCACUUAGUGCUUUCUCUAUUUUUUUUCUUCCUUAGCUUGUCAAAGCACCUAGUGGAGCACCUUCCCAAGAGGGUUUUAAUGUGUGUGUGUGGGUUGAGAGGGCAUCUGGAGAUGCUAUUGUUAUAUUGCAGUCAGAGCUUGUCCCAUGGAUCGAGCUACAUAAGGCACAUUCUUUGCCAUCUCUUUGCACGCAUGAGCAUCCGCUAAGCCAGGGACAGAUUCUGAGAGGGUCCAGAAAGUUCAGGACAGCACAUCAGGGAAAUGAAGUGCUUUCUAAGGACCAUUGUUACAGUUGUCACAGCAGUGCGACAGUUCUUCAUCGGCCACAGACACUUCAGCUCAUUGCACUCUGUUGUGCAUGUAUGCACACAGGCCAUUUCAUCCUGUAUGAAAUUGAGCUCCUAGGGUAACAUUUGAGCAGCAGGGUGUCUUCAUGGAAUUCUGUUAUGACUUGAUAGUGUUUAGUUUUACACCUGCUUCCUUCAGUUGACAUCUUUUGGUGGCAUCUGGUAUACAGAGAGCUUCAACCCUGCAUUUCCUUAAUUGUUAUUUUUCUUCACUACACUUGUAACCCUGUUGUAGAUAGUUUUUAACUUUGGUUACAGACAGAAAUGCUAACAAGGCUUCUCAGAUGAUGAAAAAUCGAAAUGCUAGCAUCCAUGUAAACAUUAAAAGGCUGUUUCAUGGGAGACUUCAUGUAGUCAAAGAUCAUAAAUGGGGAAAACAGCUAACCUCUUACGAUACUUUUAAGACAUAAUAAUAAUCUGCUUGUUAAAACUGUAAACUGCAGGAUUAGAUUGCAGUACCCCUUCCUCCAUAAUUUCUCUUAUAAAAUCAUGUUAACAUGUGUUGAGCUGUUUUUACAAAGAGCACUGUGUCACCAACAGGAAAGAGCCAGUGUAGCCUUUUUGGGUAUUGAUGUCCCCCACUUUACAACUUAAAACUAAAAGGUCUCAACCCCAACAAAUCCCCUCAUUGCCCAGUUGCAUUUAUAGUCAUAGUGAUAGCACCGAGUGCAGGCAACACUCAACUCUCGAGAGGUCGACAUAUCUUUGAGAGCUUUAGUUAUGUAACCUGAAUGAUUUUAGCUAUGUUACUUGAAACAAAAACACUGCUGGCUAGCCGGCCAUUUCUGUUUUGUUCUCAUUGUGUGAAGAGAAAAUAAGUGUAACCUAUGUGCCUUUUUAUAGAGCCAUUUAUCCUGUUCCAUAAUCAGUUGCUUUGUAGUCAAAACCUGCAACAGGAGGUGCUUCAACACAGUCCACUCAGAUGCCAUCAAAUGAGACUGAAGAGGAUUAUAAUAAGAGUAUAGAGGUGCAUGAGCUUCAAGCUCACUUACAUGUGGUGCAUGUUAAAGUUUUUAUAACAGCUAAAAUAUCGGUGGUGCUAUGUUGCUUAAGCUAUGACAGAUUAUUAAAAUGAUGAGUUGCACAUUAGUUACAUCUGUUCUCACUCAAUAAUGCAUGUAUUAGUCUCUCGCCACAUUAUGGCCCGAAUGGUAGUAUUAGGUUGUUAGUGGGUCCAAUGUCAGCCCUACUGUAGCAUAUUUCAGAGCAAGAUAUCAAUGUCCAGCCCUCACACGUCUGGGUCGUAGUCUGCAGCUUGAGCAUGAAGGUUAACUCUCUACAGUGAGUUUUGAACCUCUGAUGACAUUGCCCAAGUUAGCCAUUAGCAACAGUGUUUGUUCUAACUCUUAGCAGUAAAAAAAUAAAAUUGCAUAUUACCAGGCUUUUUUAAAAAAGGAACUGACUUGAAAGUAUGUAGAUGAAAACCCAGCAAGUAAUGUGUAAAACUAAAAUGUUAAAAGUAAAACACACAAGAUCAUUAACAUCAGAAAGCUUAAUACACAGAGUUCUCAAACUAGUUCAUAUUUUAGUUUGUGUGCUUGCGCUCAUGUGCUCAAGGUUACUUUAGUUCUCAUUAGUACGGAUGAACCAUGAACAAAUGUCGGUGUGUUUUUUUGCCCCCUGAAUAUCUGAGCCCGUGACCAAAGCUCUUGUACACACCUAUGUGUAAUAACUAGUAGGCUAAAGCUUAUCAGUGUGCUCAGUGGUGUUCUGCUAAAUUAUAAUUCAAAUGCAAGCAAAUGGAAGCUAGAUCCAUAAUACAGUAUGUUUGACUGCUCUUCUUUAUAUAUAAAUUCAUGGGGUUAGACAUGGCCCUGUCAAGCUCACCUCUACCCUGAAAUUCAAUGCUCAGCACCUUCUCCGCCAAACUGUUAUCAUAUUUUCACUUAUCUGUCAGGCAGGAAAUUACACAUUUUUAUGCAGGUGGUAAAAGAUAAUUGGUGAAGGUAUAAGGGUUAUCAUUUGUCAUAUCUCAGAGGCCAAUUUUCACUUUCACUACCGCAGUGCAAAUCAAUCAGAAUUACAUCUCUUCAAGUCCAAAACAUUUUCCACUGCCCUGCACUUUGUUCCCAGAAAGCUUGAAUGUGUUAAAGUGGCAAAAGUGGAAAAACAUUUGAGUUGCUUUUAUGUGCACUUUCAUGAUUCAGGAUUUUUAGCAUCCACACUGUCAAAUAGGAGAAAUAUAUCUAUUUGAAAACCCACACACAUCAAUACUAUCUUGCUCAUGGUCACCUGUCUACCAUGCUACUGCCAGUGCCUAGCAAUAGCAUACAACUCCUUACAACGCCCCACCCCACUCACAGGCACUAAUCACAGGCUAAUUUUACCAUGUUGGGAUAUAAAUUUACUGGGUACUAAAAGGGCCACUCUGUGUUGCCUUAUGGCUGCUGUGUGGCUGAGGGAGGCCUUUUUUAUUAUUAUAUCCAACUGCUCUCUCUCCAUCUGGCCACAUCCCUAACAUCACUGUGCUGAUGUGGAGGUGACUGCGGUGGAGACCGAACUAAGGCCUGUUUGUCCUCCCCCUCCACUCUCUAUCCGACCCUGCUAGGGCGAGUUACCCUAAAGUUAACUUUAAGGAGCCCAGGCCCAGGAGGAGGAGAGAUGGAGCUGGCUUCCUGUUGUGGUAGCGGCUUGCUCACAGAGAGGGUUUGGGAUUCGUUGAAGUAAAUAGCACUUUAAUUGUGUAUUUUUGUUCUACAGUGCAGUCUGCAGGUAUAAGGACAGUGGCAGGUUUUUCUUUGUGUUGGUUCUUUACUGCAGCAUAUUGGAUUUGAAAUGACAGUUGGGCAUAGUGACAACUGAAGGCUUUACUUUGCAUCCUUACUGGGUGAUAGGAGUUGCACUGCCUUUUGUACAAAGGCCCCAACUUUUAGAAACUAAAAUCAUAUUUAUUAGGGGUGGGCUAUAUGGCCACAAUCUACCAGUAUGAUAUAUGCUCAUUUAUAAACUUUUUUUUCACCUGACUGUUGGAUUCAAAAAUCUACCAGCUACUCAUAAAUUGCUAUUGUUUUUGAGAUGGUAAGUGAAGCAAAUCUAGCAGUUCCUUGCAUUUUUUACCAGGAUGUGGUUGGUGCUAAUUCCCAAUUCUGGUAAAGGUAUUUAUCACAAUACAGUUGUAUGUAACUGUUCCCUAAAUUUAAUUUUAAAAUGGUUUAAAAUAAACAUAAUGUAAUUAACCUAAUCUUCUAUCUUCUAAACUUUUAUUUAGAACUUCCAUACAAACAAAAAACUUUCUCAUGAGACAACACUUAAGUUAUAAACAAGCCUAAAACAGUUACACAGUUUUAACAGUAAAAGCUUAAAGGUUCCUGAGAACAAUAGUUUAAGGUGAUCCAGGUUUCUGUAGUUAAAACUUCACUUUUCUCCUGUGUGGCUACCCAAAUUAAUUGCGAAGCAGCUGGAUUCACGAUAUCACGCUGGGAAUCAUAAGAUCAAUCGAGUCUCCAGCCCGUAUUUGCUACAUAGCCGGAUAGCUCUCACAAUAGAAACAGCAUUGCCGAAUCUCUACCGGUGGAUGCAUUUCUUGUUGUAAAGAUUUAUUUUUGUGGCUUUUUUCCCUUUAUGAUUGGAUGGCAUUAGCAUGACAAGGGGUGAGAAAGGAGAUGACAUGUAGCAAAGGGCCACAGGUUGGAACUGAAUAGCAGCAGCUGUGCAAGGAUAUAGUCUUUGUACAUGGAGCACUCACUCUCCCAGAUGAGCUACUGGAUGCUCCAGAUUGAUACAUUUGUCCUGCUGCAUGGUAUAUACCGUCAUAUCACCCAACCCUAAUAUUUAGUAUUUGGCUGAACAUCAUUUGCAACCAAUCAAAGCUGAAUUCUAUUUUAGCUCUGAUAGCUAUUCUAUUCUUGCUUUUUUGACUCUCUGAUCCACAGUUGGAUUAAAACAUUCUGUUUUGGCCCUCAUUGGUUGUCUUGUCUUCAUGUUAAAAGCCAUUGUUGGCCUGCUUUCACUCAACUUUGGGGGUUUCAUAUGAAAAGAGCUUUGUCACUGUCACCUUAUAGUCAACAUUACGUUACCAAUAUGCUGCACUGCAGAGCCAAAACUAUAAUUUCCUCCCUGUCAAAAUACUUAACGGCAGCACUGUGUGUGUUUUAGCUCAAAAUGGCGAAACUUGUCUGAGUGUUUAGAAAAAAUACCAGCGAUCCUGAAAUAUUUCGCUGAUAUUCAGGCGUUGUAAGCUGUGUCGAUGGAUUCUCCCCCAUGCUGCAGACUCGGUGCAUGCGUGUGUGUUGCGCGGGAGUAUAUUAGUGUAUGGACAGAGCCACACGGAGGGUUCUAGUGGAGGGGAUGCAGAGUCGACACGACUGUGAGGGGUGAUGACAGUGACUCCUAUGAACAAUGCCUCUCUGCCCCCCAUCCCACCACCCCUCUCUUAUUCUCAGGCAGGCCCCGUUGCAAGGAGAGUCCCAGGACCCUCUCAACCCAGUUUUCCCCAUGGGAAAUAUCAGACAUUAACCGUAGCACAUGUUUGCCAUAUAGCCCGUAGAUUUAGGAGAGAUUUAAAAAAAAACGAAAAAACAACGUAUGUAUGAUGAAUGAUGUAAUAGGAGCCUGAUGAAAAGAUAUUUUAUUCUUCUGUGGUGCAUUAACUGUCUGGAACACAUACAUUUUGCACACACUUGCUAUCACACUUCUUCUGACACCUGCACUACCCCCAGGUAUUGACACAAACCCUCCCACCACCACCACCCCACCCCUAAAGCCAGGGAUGUGUAAACAUGGACCACAUUUAGCCAGCACCACCUUUCUGUGUUACUCCCCCCAAAAAAGGGAAAGCAAAGAUGGGUGUUUAUGUGUGUAUUCUAUGUUCUUAAAACAAAAAUGCCGUGAAUUGAACUAUUUUGACCUUAUAUUGUCAUUAGUAUGACACUAUUUAGCUGCACUAUGAGAGCCUCAUUUGUGGCAAGAAACCACUGGGUCUGGUCUAGAUGAGAGACAGGCUGGCUGUGUCACUAGCUGUCCCACUAAACACCCCUGGAUGAAGGACAUCUAAACCCCCCCACCUCGGUACGACUCAUGGUUUCAGCUCUUAAGAGGACAAACAAAAAGAUAUUUUAAACAUUUUUUCCCAUAUAUAUUUUAGAAAGCUGGGUUAAGUGCUAUAUGCAAACAGAAAAAGAUGUAUGAAAGAAUUAUUUUCCAUUAUUACUUCUCCCUAAUAUGCAAUGGAGUGUAGUGUAACAAUGGUUGCAAUCCUCUGUCACUUUAAUGCUGUAUGUGCACAUUGGUUGCUGUGUGGAUGUGGGUGCCGAGGCAACAGGACUUGACAAUGAUGGGAACUAAUGGUUGUCACUCUGCAGCACCGCCCGUGUUCCCAGACUGCCUUAUUCGUUCUGACCAAUCACAAGAGCCCCUUUAAGUCCCGGGCCGCAGCCACUGCCACAGGCUGACCAAGCUGCCGUCAGACGAAUAUUGCCGUUCCAUUUUCUUCUGCUUUUCCUCGCUUUUCCUUUUUCUUUCCUUUUUUUUAAAAAAAUUUCUUCCGGUCAGGUAGGAUUUGGAGCGUGUAAAUGGCAUAAUCAUGUUCACAUUUCACUGUCUGUUCUGUGUAUCUGCUUCACCAUUCAAAGAGAGAAAAAAACAGUUGUUUUCCAGUAUAACCUGUUCAUUUUUAAGAGCCGUAUGAUGCGACACUUGUAGCUGUCACUCUUGGUGCUUGGCUUAUGCUUCAUUGUCUUAAUAUUCCAAAUAAAACUGUUAAGUGUAAUCCACACUGGCCCAUGA